AUGCCUUCUCACCCGGCUACUGGCCCUUCCCCAGCUCGAGGUAGCCCUACCCUGAGGGAGAUGGAGCCCAAGGACCAGCAGCUAAUGGUGGCGCUUCGGAUCCGCCCACUCAACAGUACAGAACUGGAGGCAGGAGCCACCGUCAUCGCCCACAAAGUGGGGGACCAGGUGGUGGUGCUCAUGGACCCUGAAGAGGACCCAGAGGACACUCAGCGUGCACACCGGUCCAGGGAGCGCACCUUCAUUUUUGACACGGUUUUUGACCAGCGAGCGUCUCAGGAAGAUGUGUACUGUGCCACCAUCCAGCAUUUAGUGGAGGGCGUCAUCUCUGGAUACAAUGCAACAGUGUUUGCCUACGGUCCAUCAGGUGCCGGGAAGACUCACACCAUGCUGGGCAUGGAUGCCGAGCCUGGCAUCUACCUGCAGACCCUCACUGACCUCUUCCAGGCCAUCGAGGAGAGCCGGGGCAACAUGGACUACAGCGUGUCUAUGUCUUACCUGGAGAUUUAUAAUGAAGUGAUCCGUGACCUCCUGAACCCAUCCUCAGGAUUUCUGGACCUGAGGGAAGAUUCGAGGGGCAGCAUCCAGAUUGCAGGCAUCACAGAGGUGUCCACUUCAAACGCCCGAGAGAUCAUGCAGCUUCUCAUCAAAGGCAACAGGCAGCGCACCCAGGAGCCCACGGCUGCCAACAAGACGUCAUCCCGCUCGCACGCCGUGUUGCAGGUCACGGUGCACCAGCGAAGCCGCGGCGCCGCCCUGGCCGAGGCAGUGCGGCUCGGGAGACUCUUCAUGGUGGACCUGGCAGGCUCGGAGCGCGCAUCCCAGACCCAGAACCGCGGCCAGAGGAUGAAGGAGGGCGCUCACAUCAACCGCUCGCUGCUGGCGCUGGGCAACUGCAUCAACGCUCUCAGCGAGAAGGGCGGCCGCGCGCACUUCGUGAACUUCCGCGACAGCAAGCUCACGCGCCUGCUGAAGGAUGCCCUGGGAGGGAACAGCCGUACAGUGAUGAUCGCCCACAUCAGCCCAGCCAGCACCAGUUUUGAGGAGUCGCGGACCACGCUGCUGUACGCCUACAGAGCCAAGAAUAUCAAGACGCGGGUCAAGCGCAACCUGCUGAACGUCUCCUACCACAUUGCGCAGUACACAGACGUCAUCUCUGAUCUGCGCAGGGAGAUAGAGCACCUCAAGUCAAAAAUCGAGAAGCAAGAUAAGAAGAAAAAUGAGCCUGGUAUCCUGGAUGUACAAGUGCCCAUUGCCCCCCACGAUGCAGAGGAGGACAGCCACCGGCAGAUGAACAAGAUCCGAGCGCAGCUCAUUGGAGCCUUCCGGGAGCAGAUGGCGAUGCGGCGCAGCCUGGUGGAGCUCGAGAACGCCAGCACUGAGCUGCAUGUGGACAUGUCCCGCCACCUGCUGACCGUCGCCGACUGGGAGCGGGAGAAGACACAUCACCAUGUGCACACGGGCGGUGACGGCGAAUCAGAGAAGGAGGACAGAGAAGGGGACACCGAAGGGGAGGAGGGCGAGUCUGUGGAGCCACCAGAGGUGGCUCUGGCCAGAGAGGAGGUCAACCUGCUCUUAGCUGAGCAGCGGAAAACUGCAGCCCUCAAGGCCAGGCUGGAGCAGCGCCUGGCCCACGCCAAGCAGAAGGUCUCACGCAUGGAGCAGCUGCUGCCCAGGCAGGUGACGAGCGAGGAGCAGCGGGAGGUGCUGCGGCUGCUGUGCAGAGCCCACGAGCUGGAGGUGGAGAACACAGAGCUGCAGGCGGACAACCUGUGCCGCAGGAACCUGCUCUGCCAGCAGGACCUCGUGAUCCAGCGCUACCACCAGCACCGGCUGCUCUGCCAGCAGGUCAUCCAGGGCCAGCGGCAGCUGAUAUGGGACAGUGGCAUAUCGGUGCCAGAGUCUCUCGAGCAGCAGUACCAACUAUAUUCCCGUGAGCUGGGCGAGGGCACGCUGGACCGCCUGCUGCUGUUGCCCUCUGUGAUGUCCAGCUCGCUCUGGGAUGGCUCUGUACCGAACAGAUCGCCCUCACCUCCCGAGGAACCCAGCGGAGACCAGCCAGAUAACAGGAAAGACCUCCCAUGGGGCACCCCAUUGGAGCUGCCUCCAAUAUUGCUGGAGAGAGACAGUGACGGGAACAUGUCAUCGAAAAGCACGCCAUUGCGGAAGCGGGGGAAACAAGACGCUCUUCUGCCUCUGCCAGCCCUCCGUGUCCUGCUCACUCCCCCAGUGCUUGAGCAGCCAAGCGCUCUCGGCGUGAAAAGCCUUGUCUCCAGGCUACAGCCCACGAUUGCACAGGGGCCGAGACCCCCACAGGCAGUGGGGGAGGCCAGCAGCCCAGCCCCGAGUGCCUCAGCUCUCAAGGAGAUGGCCCUGGGCACCAAGAGCAUCACCCUUGUCGCAGCCAGCCGACGCCGUAAGGGGCGGGACCGGGACGGUGGCAGCCUGGAUUCCAGGGACCCCAGCCCUGCACACAGGAGGUGGCCCCAAGCCAGCCCCAGCAGGGACUGCUCCGGGGAGAGGAAGGCCAGGAGGAAGCGGUCACCCUCCUUCACUUGCAGCUUGCAACUGGCCACUGAGAGACCUAAGCCCCCAACGGAACAUUCCACAGAGAGCCAGCUGUCCCCAGCGUACCUCCAGCCAGCAAAGUCACCUGGGAAGGGCAUGUUUCCUGCCGUCCCUGUUGCCUCCAAAAUGAAGCCCAGCCCCAGUUUCCGCACAGAUGAGAACACGCUCCAAGUGCCCGAGGUCAGCUUCACCUUUCCCAGCGCUGUGUGGCGGGGCAGCACAUCCACCAGCCACCCGCCCCUCCUUCCCCGUGACUUCCGAGGAUCUACAGGCAGUGGAAGCUGGCAUCAUAGCCCUCUGCCCCCCAGCAACCCCCACAAGCCACAGGGGGGCAGCGCCAAGAGACCAAGACAACCCAAGUAG